AUGAAAUUAUUAUUAUCUUUAAUUUUAGUAAUGACAAUUGCAUUAAAUUGUUGUAAAUCAUUUAGUAUGGGUACAAAUAAAAUUGAUUACUCAAAGAUUGAAAAUCAAUUAGGUCAACAACAAUGUUUUACUUCAAGUGGCCAACUUCCAACAAGUUAUUCAAGUUCAUAUGUCAUGUUAAGUUUUAAUGGAAAUUAUCCAACUCCAAGUGGUAUUCAACAAUCAUCUUUCCUUGAAUCUGGUUUUAUUAAUAUCGAUUUAGUUGGAGAACAAUUGUAUGUUGACUUUUUAUUCGAUAAUGGUAAUACUAAAACAAAAGGUAACCUCUGGGGAUUCGGUAGUAAUAGUACUCAAUAUGUUAGUGUUAAUGUAAAUGGAACUGAUUAUUGUUUCCAACAACCAUUAUCAUACUCUGCUCCAUCACUUGAAGGAUUAAAGUAUGUCGGUGAUUUCGAAUUAGGUACAGUUCAAUGUGAUAUGUUUUCAGUAAAUCCAGGUGAUUUAGGUAACUCUUCAAAUGUCGGUCUCCUUGUAGAUAAAUCAGAUUGUUCAUUAAUCUCUGGUUCAACUGAAAAUAUUAACAAUACACCAAGUGGAUAUACAUUAACAAACUAUUACUAUUACAAUCCAUCUGCAGAUUCUUCAUACUUCCAAUUACCAAGUAUUUGUUUAAAUCAACCAAAUUCUAAACAAUUAAAAUUAAAAUCAUCAUCGGUCCAAUUACCAAAAGUCUUGGAAACUUACCAUUUUAAUUAA